AAAAUGUUUUUCACAGCAUCGCCUAUUCUUUGUGAAUCAGGCUGAUGUGAAGCCAUGGCAAUGAAGAUCCUCUUUGGUUGUCUUCUGGCAAUUGCUAUGCUUGUAACUCCCAUAAAACCUCAGCCCGCUCUUGUAAAAAAGCCUCAGCAGAAUCAGGAGCAACUGAAGCUUAUAAUUCCUCUGCAGCUAUGGCAAAACCUGAAGCCUCAGACGCCUCAGACGCCUCAGCAGCCUCAGCAUCAACCGAAGUCUCAGACGCCACAGACCACCCAGGAGCCUCCGCAGUCUCAACAGCCACAGCAUCAAUCGAAGUCUCAGACGCCUCAGACCCCUGAGCAGCCUCCGCAGCCUCAGCAGCCUCAGCAGCCUCAACAGCCUCCACAGCCUGAGCAGCCUCAGCAUCAAUCGAAGUCUCAGACACCUCAGACCCCUCAGGAGCCUCCGCAGCCUCAGCAGCCUCAGAAGCCAUGGAUUCAACCGAAGCCUCAAACGCCUCAGCAGCCUCAGCAACCACAGCAGCCUCCGCAGCCUCAGCAGCCAUGGAUUCAAUCGAAGCCUCAAACGCCUCAGCAGCCAUGGAUUCAAUCGAAGCCUCAAACGCCUCAGCAGCCUCAGCAGGCACAGCAGCCUCCGCAGCCUCAGGAGCCUCAGCAGCCAUGGGUUCAAUCGAAGCCUCAAACGCCUCAGCAGCCUCAGCAGGCACAGCAGCCUCCGCAGCCUCAGGAGCCUCAGCAGCCAUGGAUUCAACCGAAGCCUCAAACGCCUCAGCAGCCUCAGCAACCACAGCAGCCUCCGCAGCCUCAGCAGCCAUGGAUUCAAUCGAAGCCUCAAACGCCUCAGCAGCCUCAGCAACCACAGCAGCCUCCGCAGCCUCAGCAGCCAUGGAUUCAAUCGAAGCCUCAAACGCCUCAGCAGCCUCAGCAGCCAUGGGUUCAAUUGAAGCCUCAAACGCCUCAGCAGGCACAGCAGCCUCCGCAGCCUCAGGAGCCUCAGCAGCCAUGGAUUCAACCGAAGCCUCAAACGCCUCAGCAGCCUCAGCAACCACAGCAGCCUCCGCAGCCUCAGCAGCCAUGGAUUCAAUCAAAGCCUCAAACGCCUCAGCAGCCUCAGCAGCCAUGGGUUCAAUCGAAGCCUCAAACGCCUCAGCAGCCUCAGCAGGCACAGCAGCCUCCGCAGCCUCAGGAGCCUCAGCAGCCAUGGAUUCAACCGAAGCCUCAAACGCCUCAGCAGCAUCAGCAGCCAUGGGUUCAAUCGAAGCCUCAAACGCCUCAGCAGCCUCAGCAGGCACAGCAGCCAUGGAUUCAACCGAAGCCUCAAACACCUCAGCAGCUUCAGCAACCACAGCAGCCUCCGCAGCCUCAGCAGCCAUGGAUUCAAUCGAAGCCUCAAACGCCUCAACAGCCUCAGCAGCCAUGGAUUCAACCGAAGCCUCAAACGCCUCAGCAGCCUCAGCAGCCUACGCAGCCUCAGCAGCCUCAGCAGCCAUGGAUUCAAUCGAAACCUCAAACGCCUCCACAGCCUAAGCAGCCUCAGCAGCCAUGGAUUCAACCGAAGCCUCAGCAGCCACAGCAGCCUUCGCAACCGAAGCCUCAAACGCCUCAGCAGUCAGAGCAGCCAUGGAUUCAACCGAAGCCUCAAACGCCUCCUCAGCCUCAGCAGCCAUGGAUUCAACCGAAGCCUCAGACACCUCCGCAGCCUAAACAGCUUUCGCAGCCUCAGCAGCCAUGGAUUCAAUCGAAGCCUCAAACACCUCAGCAGUCAGAGCAGCCAUGGAUUCAAUCGAAGCCUCAAACACCUCAGCAGUCAGAGCAGCCAUGGAUUCAACCGAAGCCUCAAACGCCUCAGCAGCCUCAGCAGCCAUGGGUUCAACCUGGGCCACAAACGCCUCCGCAGCCUCAGCAGCCUCAGCAGCCAUGGAUUCAACCGAAGCCUCAAACGCCUCAGCAGCCUCAGCAGCCAUGGGUUCAAUCGAAGCCUCAAACGCCUCAGUCGCCUCAGCAGGCACAGCAGCCUCAGGAGCCUCAGCAGCCAUGGAUUCAACCGAAGCCUCAAACGCCUCAGCAGCCUCAGCAGCCAUGGAUUCAACCGAAGCCUCAAACGCCUAAGCAGCCGCAGCAACCACGGCAGCCUCCGCAGCCUCAGCAGCCAUGGAUUCAAUCGAAGCCUCAAACGUCUCCUCAGCCUCAGCAGCCAUGGAUUAAACCUGGGCCUCAAACGCCUCAGCAGCCAGAGGAGCCAUGGAUUCAACUGAAGCCUCAAACGCCUCAGCAGCCUCAGCCCCCACAGCAGCCUCAGCAGCCAUGGAUUCAACCGAAGCCUCAAACGCCUCAGCAGCCAUGGAUUCAAUCGAAGCCUCAAACGCCUCCGCAGCCUCAGCAGCCACAGCAGCCUCCGCAACCUCAGCAGCCAUGGAUUCAACCGAAGCCUCAAACGCCUCAGCAGCCUGAGCAGCCAUGGAUUCAACCUGGGCCGCAAACGCCUCAGCAGCCUCAGCAGUCAUGGAUUCAAACAAAGCCUCAAACGCCUCCGCAGCCUCAGCAGCCUCAGCAGCCACAGCAGCCUCCGCAACCUCAGCAGCCAUGGAUUCAACCGAAACCUCAAACACCUCAGCAGCCUCAGCAGCCACAGCAACCUCCGCAACCUCAGCAGCCUUGGAUUCAACCGAAGCCGCAAACGCCUCAGCAGCCAGAGCAGCCAUGGAUUCAACCGAAGCCUCAAACGCCUCCGCAGCCUCAACAGCCAUGGAUUCAACCUGGGCCUCAGACACCUCCGCAGCCUAAGCAGCCUAAACAGCCUCCGCAACCUCAGCAGCCAUGGAUUCAACCGAAGCUUCAAAGGCCUCAGCAGCCUCAGCAGCCAUUGAUUCAACCUGGGCCUCAGACGCCUCAGCAGCCUAAACAGCCACCACAAGCGCAGCAGCCAUGGAUUCAACCGAAGCCUCAAACGCCCCAGCAGCCAGAGCAGCCAUGGAUUCAACCGAAGCCUCAAACGCCUCCGCAGCCUCAGCAGCCAUGGAUUCAACCUGGGGCUCAGACACCUCCACAGCCUAAGCAGCCUAAACAGCCUCCGCAACCUCAGCAGCCAUGGAUUCAACCGAAACCUCAAUCACCUCAGCAACCAGAGCAGCCAUGGAUUCAACCUGGGGCUCAGACACCUCCGCAGCCUAAGCAGCCUAUACAGCCUCCGCAACCUCAGCAGCCAUGGAUUCAACCGAACCCUCAGGCACCUCAGCAGCCUCAGCAGCCUCAGCAGCCACAGCAUCAACCAAAGUCUCAGACGCCUCAGAAGCCAGAGCAGCCAUGGAUUCAACCGAAGCCUCAAACGCCUCCUCAGCCUCAGCAGCCAUGGAUUCAACCGAAGCCUCAAACGCCUCAGCAGCCAGAGCAGCCAUGGAUUCAACCGAAGCCUCAAACACCCCCACAGCCUCAGCAGCCACAGCAGCCUCCGCAACCUCAGAAGCCAUGGAUUCAACCGAAGCCUCAAACGCCUCCUCAGCCUCAGCAGCCAUGGAUUCAACCGAAGCCUCAAACACCCCCACAGCCUCAGCAGCCACAGCAGCCUCCGCAACCUCAGAAGCCAUGGAUUCAACCGAAGCCUCAAACGCCUCCUCAGCCUCAGCAGCCAUGGAUUCAACCAAAGCCUCAAACACCUCCGCAGCCUCAGCAGCCACAGCAGCCUCCGCAACCUCAGCAGCCAUGGAUUCAACCGAAGCCUCAAAGGCCUCAGCAGCCUCAGCAGCCAUGGAUUCAACCUGGGGCUCAGACGCCUCCUCAGCCUCCUCAGCCUCACCAUCCAUGGAUUCAACCGAAGCCUCAAACGCCUCAGCAGCCAGAGCAGCCAUGGAAUCAACCAAAGCCUCAAACGCCUCCGCAGCCUCAGCAGCCACAGCAGCAACAGCAGCCCUCGCAACAUCAGCAGCCAUGGAUUCAACCGAAGCCUCAAACGCCUCAGCAGCCUCAGCAGCCAUGGAUUCAACCGAAGCCUCAAACGCCUCCGCAGCCUCAGCAGGCACAGCAGCCUCAGCAGGCACAGCAGCCAUCGAUUCAACCGAAGCCUCAAACGCCUCAGCAGCCAUGGAUUCAAUCGAAGCCUCAAACGCCUCCGCAGCCUCAGCAGCCACAGCAGCCUCCGCAACCUCAGCAGCCUUGGAUUCAACCGAAGCCUCAAACGCCUCAGCAGCCAGAGCAGCCAUGGAUUCAAUCGAAGCCUCAAACGCCUCCGCAGCCUCAGCAGCCACAGCAGCCUCCGCAACCUCAGCAGCCUUGGAUUCAACCAAAGCCUCAAACGCCUCAGCAGCCUCAGCAGCCAUGGAUUCAAUCGAAGCCUCAAACGCCUCCGCAGCCUCAGCAGCCACAGCAGCCUCCGCAACCUCAGCAGCCUUGGAUUCAACCGAAGCCUCAAACGCCUCAGCAGCCAGAGCAGCCAUGGAUUCAAUCAAAGCCUCAAACGCCUCCGCAGCCUCAGCAGCCACAGCAGCCUCCGCAACCUCAGCAGCCUUGGAUUCAACCGAAGCCUCAAACGCCUCAGCAGCCUCAGCAGCCAUGGAUUCAAUCGAAGCCUCAAACGCCUCCGCAGCCUCAGCAGCCACAGCAGCCUCCGCAACCUCAGCAGCCUUGGAUUCAACCGAAGCCUCAAACGCCUCAGCAGCCAGAGCAGCCAUGGAUUCAAUCGAAGCCUCAAACGCCUCCGCAGCCUCAGCAGCCACAGCAGCCUCCGCAACCUCAGCAGCCUUGGAUUCAACCGAAGCCUCAAACGGCUCAGCAGCCAGAGCAGCCAUGGAUUCAAUCGAAGCCUCUAACGCCUCCGCAGCCUCAGCAGCCACAGCAGCCUCCGCAACCUCAGCAGCCUUGGAUUCAACCGAAGCCUCAAACGCCUCAGCAGCCAGAGCAGCCAUGGAUUCAAUCGAAGCCUCAAACGCCUCCGCAGCCUCAGCAGCCACAGCAGCCUCCGCAACCUCAGCAGCCUUGGAUUCAACCGAAGCCUCAAACGGCUCAGCAGCCAGAGCAGCCAUGGAUUCAAUCGAAGCCUCAAACGCCUCCGCAGCCUCAGCAGCCACAGCAGCCUCCGCAACCUCAGCAGCCUUGGAUUCAACCGAAGCCUCAAACGCCUCAGCAGCCAGAGCAGCCAUGGAUUCAACUGAAGCCUCAAACGCCUCCGCAGCCUCAGCAGCCACAGCAGCCUCCGCAACCUCAGCAGCCAUGGAUUCAACCGAAGCCUCAAACGCCUCAGCAGCCAGAGCAGCCAUGGAUUCAACCGAAGCCUCAAACACCUCUGCAGCCUCAGCAGCCACAGCAGCCUCCGCAACCUCAGCAGCCAUGGAUUCUACCGAAGCCUCAAACGCCUCCGCAGCCUCAGCAGCUUCAGCAGCCUGGGCAACAACCGAAGCCUCAGAAUCCCCAGACAGACUUCUUUCACACUUGUGACGUGCCUGAUAGGUACAGGAUACAGUGUGGAGCUCCCAGCAUUUCUCCUUCAGUUUGUGAAUCAAUAAACUGUUGCUAUGAUGGACAAACGUGCUAUUAUGGAAAAACUGUGACUCUUCAGUGCACCAAGGAUGCCCAAAUCAUCAUUGUGGUGGCCAGAGACGCCACCCUACCUAACGUGGAUUUAGACUCAAUCAGUUUCAAUGGAGAUGGACAAAAUUGUGGUCCUGUUGGCACCACUUCAGCUUUUGCCAUCUACCAGUUCCCCGUCACUGGCUGCGGCACCGUCCUAAAGGAGGAACCUGGAGUUAUUAUCUAUGAGAACAGGAUGUCCUCCUUAUAUGAAGUUGCUGCGGGACCCUACGGAAUGAUUACCAGAGACAGCCAAUAUGAGCUGAUUGUCCAGUGUAAAUACAUCGGCAGCACAAUUUUGGCUUUGGCAGUUGAGGUUGGCCCUCUUCCAGCACCAUCACCGGUUGCAGCUCCUGGACCUCUGCGCGUGGAGCUGAGGCUGGGCAACGGACAGUGUGCUAGCAAGGGCUGUUCGGAAGAGGAUGUGGCCUACAACUCUUUUUACGUGGAUGCCGACUACCCCAUCACUAAGGUGCUCAGGGAUCCUGUGUACGUUGAAGUUCGAAUGCUGGAGAGGACGGAUCCCAACCUUGUCUUGACUCUCGGAAGAUGUUGGGCAACUUCUAACCCCCACGCUCAUAGCCUUCCUCAGUGGGACUUGAUGAUUAAUGGCUGCCCAUACAAAGAUGACCGUUACCAGACAACCCUGGCCCAUGUAAAUGCGUCACCAAAUGUCUUGCAUCCAUCCCACCACAGACGUUUUGUUUUAAAGAUGUUCAGAUUUGUAGCUGCUGCACCGUCUAAUCCCGGCAAGGUAGGGAAGGGGCCUUCAGAUCCAUCGGCUUUAAUGCCUCUCAACGAAAAGGUGUUCAUCCACUGCGAUACAGCUGUGUGCCAACAGAAUCUUGGAAAUAACUGUGAACCCAGAUGCCCAGAGAUAAGAAAGAAGAGAGAUGUUGCUGCUUCAAGUAAGGGAGGCUCCAGACCUGAGACCACCUUGGUUAGCAGUAUGGAGCUAGUCAUCACCAACCAAGCAUGAGUAUUUAGGAAUAACAUGCAGACAGAACUUGUUCAUGAAAUAUCUGUUUCAGAUGCUUAUUAAUAAAGUGACUGAAUUUCAAAUAAAUCUUUAUGUUUCUUAA